UAUUUAUCCAACAAAACUUUUGAUUAGCAGCUUCAUUUAGCUUCCAAGGUUUGAUCAUGUCAUAAUCAUCUGACGUCCCUCCUGAUCUCCGUCUCUACAAGAGGGCCUUGAAAAGGGUUACAGUGCAGAGGGAUCUGUCAUGGAUCAUCUCACCUCAGGCCAACACGGUCAGCCCGGCCACGCCUCAAGCUUUCAGUGGCUUUCUUUCGCUUACCAGGGCCUGACAGAGAUCCCCUAUGACACCAUCCUAACACAGACAGACACCCUGGAGGUGCUGGACCUCAGCUACAAUCUGCUGGAAGAGAACCCGGCUCUGCUGGGUCAGCUGGAGAAGCUGAGCACUCUGAUCCUGGACUGUAACAACUACACCUCUCACAUCAAGUUCCCCUACAUGCCCAGUGUCACCGCCCUGUGCAUCAACAAGAACAAGAUCAACAACCUGCCCGUGUUCGUGGAAGAAAUCCGCCGAAAGUUCCCAAAUAUAAAGAUCCUCAGUAUGAUGAAUAACGAGGCAGCACCCAGCUAUUUCAAUGGAGGAAGUCUGACCCAGUACAAAGACUACAGACAGUACGUCAUCAGUCAGAUCCCAGGCCUGGAGAUCCUGGAUGACACUGAGGUCCUGGAGAAGGAGAGAGCCCAGGCUAGAAAAACCUACCGGCUGCAGCAGAGCAGCCACAGCAGCAGGACGAGGAGGGACAUGCCAAAGAGACACACACAGAAAAAGCCAAACACUGUCAGAAGAACAUAGGAUAAAAUGCAUUUAUGAACCUUUCCCUUUAAUGUUACACUGGUGUGUGUUCUGUAUCUGUUUAUUUCAACAUAUAUUUAA